AUGCUUCUGUGUAGUGCCUACUUCGCGCGACAAUACUUGAUCCAGUAUGCCGGCCCCUCCCAACUCCCGACCUUCCUCCUGCAUCUGCUACUCUAUGAGGAUCAGCAGGUCGUAACCAAGGAACCAUCAUGGCCCAAGGCACUAUGCUUUGCACUCCCCUAUGCAGUCUUGGUCAUUGUCUUUGCAAAUGACUUACUGCGGUGCCGACGCCCGCCCCGGCGGAAGCUGAAGCUUUCGCAGCUCAUAUAUGAGCGCCACUUUGGCGUCUUUGGCGACUACUAUGUCUUCAAAGUGGCAAUAAUGCAGCUUAUGACGGUCCUGCUGCAGGCUUUCGGAAAAGUAAAGGUGCUGGGAGCUAUUGUUACGUUUGCCAUGUCGGAGAACAUUGUGGCAGUCUCGCUGCUUGAGCAGACGUUUUGGGUGUUCUGGGGUCUCAUGGCCUUGAACAGCACAUAUCCAAGCCUUCUGUUUGUGCUCCCGGAUGCCUGGUGGUGUCGCUAUGGCUCUGCUGUUAUGGAUAUCAUUUUGGAUGUUGGGUAUGUGCUGACACAUCUGCUGAUGAUAGUGAUCGCGAUGUCCGACCUGAGCUCUGAGAAACUCGUGUCUGGGAACUUUGGAGAGGAGGAGGAGAUGGGCUUCAGCAAUCGCAACUCGGCUCGAGAUUGUGCGGACUGUGACUUGAUGACUCUGGUUUCUUUUUACACCAGGUUUCAUGUGCUCCGAGGAGUCGCCCCCGCCAUUUUUUUGCCUCAGUUCUUCGCAGUCUAUGGCAGCAUUGCGCAUGCCUGUUGCGCCUGCCGUGCUGUGGAGCGCGUUGCAAAGCUGCCGCAGCUUCGCCAGUUCUCCACACGGCUUCAAGAGCAGCCGGGCCUUCUGAGAUCUGCCAGCUCAUUCAGUUCUUCCAGGUUGGCGAAGCUUCUCGAUUCAGGCCAUUGGCUGCGGUUGCGCCGCUGCUUCAAGGUCCUCUACUCUCCGAUCCUUUUACUAAUCCUCGUCCUGCUCCUGCAAGACCCAGACUUCUACCCGGGCGCCGGUGACUUCUUCUGUUUCCCUUGCCGGAAGGACCAAGUUCGGUUUGUAGGAGCUCAGCAGCUCAGUGAUUUGCAGACAAAGGCCGUUUAUCGGUCUUGCAAACAACAGGUCGAGAAUGUGCGGCUGGAGAGCUGUGCCCUGGCAGCCAUUCUGCACCAAGAGGAGAUAUCGAUCAGCGGGAUCAGCAGCAUUGCGCCAGGGGCCUUGACCGCGCUUGGCUGCCAUGUGAAGCGUCUUUCAUUCAGCAACAGCAACCUGACGUCCUUGCCAGCCCGGCGCUUCGAGAGCCUUGGUUGCUUGCUGGCGCUCGACCUGGGAAAGUCGCAGCUGCAGAAAUUGGACGAGGACGCCUUUGUGGGACUCACAGAGCUGAGAUUGCUUUCCCUGAGCCAGAACAAGCUCACCAACUUAUCGGCAAACCUUUCGCAUAUGCCACGUUUGGAACAGCUCCUUCUAGGAGGAAAGAGGAACAAGUUCAAUAAGACCAUCGUCCGUGGAAACGAGCUGGUCCACCUGCCUUUGCUUGUGCACCCCAGGCUUCAGGUUCUCGACAUCAGUGAGAAUUUGUUGACAGCAAUGCCAGCAGCUGCUUUCACUGGCUUGCCAGCCCUACGAAAUCUCGACUUUUGUCGGAACCAAUUGGCAUCGCUUCCGGAGGGGCUGUUUCCAGGCUUGACCUCCCUGCAGAGCUUGGACUUGAGUUGGAACCAACUGGCAUCGCUUCCGGAGGGGCUGUUUGCGGACUUGACCUCCCUGCAGAGCUUGUACUUGGAUUCGCUUCCGGAGCGGCUGUUUGCGGACUUGACCUCCCUGCAGAGCUUGUCCUUGUAUUCAAAUAAAUUGACAUCGCUUCCGGAGCGGCUGUUUGCGGACUUGACCUCCCUGCAGAGCUUGUCCUCGGAUUCAAAUGAAUUGGCAUCGCUUCCGGAGCGGCUGUUUGCGGACUUGACCUCCCUGCAACAUUUGGGCUUGAGUUGGAACCAACUGGCAUCGCUUCCGGAGGGGCUGUUUGCAGACUUGACCUCCCUGCAGAGCUUGUCCUUGUAUUCAAAUAAAUUGGCAUCGCUUCCGGAGCGGCUGUUUGCGGACUUGACCUCCCUGCAGAGCUUUUCUUUGCAUUCAAAUAAAUUGGCAUCGCUUCCGGAGCGGAUGUUUGCGGACUUGACCUCCCUGCAGAGGUUGUACUUGUAUUCAAAUGAAUUGGCAUCGCUUCCUGAGCGGCUGUUUGCGGACUUGACCUCCCUGCGGAGGUUGGGCUUGAGUCGGAACCAACUGGCAGCGCUUCCGGAGGGGCUGUUUGCGGACUUGACCUCCCUGCAGAGGUUGUACUUGGAUUCAAAUGAAUUGGCAGCGCUUCCGGAGCGGCUCUUUGCGGACUUGACCUCCCUGCAGAGGUUGUCCUUGUAUUCAAAUAAAUUGGCAUCGCUUCCGGAGCGGAUGUUUGCGGACUUGACCUCCCUGCAGAGGUUGUACUUGUAUUCAAAUGAACUGGCAUCGCUUCCUGAGCGGCUGUUUGCGGACUUGACCUCCCUGCGGAGGUUGGGCUUGAGUUGGAACCAACUGGCAGCGCUUCCGAAGGGGCUGUUUGCGGACUUGACCUCCCUGCAGAGGUUGUACUUA